GAGCUGCAACUGAAUCGGUUUGACCCAGAAAUCCAAAGCAAAGUAACGUUAGCCGCUAAUGAUAGCUGACAUCACACCAGAGGUUGAAUCCUUAAUGGUGCACUACUGCCAUCUUCUGGAGCUAGUGUACCCCUACAGUGUCCUGUAUGUCAGAUUUUCCUCCUCACUCCUGUUCUCAUUAGAAAUGAAUAGGGCAUUGUUCGCUGUUGGACAGUUUGUAUCAUUGAGACGUAGUGUGAGUUCUUCUGCUGCGUUUUAUCAGAUGAUGACCAACCCUGAGGAAAUUGCCAGGCUCUACAGAGAACUCAGCCUCUUCCCUUCUCUGAGCAGAGCAGAUGUGGGACCUGUCGUCACCUCUCAGUAUGGAGGCAAAUACAGCAACAUUUACACAGAGUGGAGCCAGCGUGAUCUGGACAGGAAUGAGAAUGUCAAGUUUUGCCGACAGUACAUUGUAUUUCACGAUGACAAGUCUGUGGUCUACUCUGGAGCCUCAGGAAACUGCACUGAGAUCAAAGGAGAGGUGUUGAGUAAGGAUUCCCCCUCAGGUGAAAUGAAGGCUGUUGUCAGAGAGUGCACGGUCAAAGGAGAGGACGAACAAUUUCUGGAGAUCUGGUGUAAAAACAUAAAGAUGAAGAGCAUCAAUCUAACAGCCUUAAAGAAACAUGGCAAAGUCUAUGAAGAUGACCAAUUUGGCUGCUUGAUCUGGUCCCACUCUGAGACCCAUCUUUUGUAUGUGGCAGAAAGGAAGAGACCUAAGGCAGAAUCCUUCUUCCAGACCGAUUCACCAGAGUUGUCUUCUAUUGGGGACGAGGAGGAGACCAUGAGAGUGGAGAAAAAGGAGGCUGUGAAAGGGGAGCAGUUUGUCUUUCAUGAGGACUGGGGAGAGGCGCUUGUUAGUAAGAGCUGCCCUGUGCUUUGUGUUUUGGACAUCGAGGGUGACAACGUCUCAGUGUUGGAGGGGGUACCCGAAAAUAUCUCACCUGGACAGGCAUUUUGGGCUCCAGGUGACACAGGUGUGGUGUUUAUAGGCUGGUGGCAUGAGCCUUUCAGACUUGGCCUCAAGUACUGCCCCAACAGGAGAUCAUCUUUGUUCUAUGUGGAUCUUACUGGUGGGAAAUGUGAGCAGCUAACAUCAGGCACCAGUGCAGUGUGCUCCCCCAGGCUGAGCCCAGACCAGUGUCGGAUUGUCUACCUGGAAUGUUCCGUCUUUGGACCACACAUGCAGUGCAGCAGGCUCUGUAUGUAUGACUGGUAUACUAAGAAGACCUCAGUGGUGGUGGAUGUGGUGAAGAGACCUAGAGAGGAUGGCUUCACUGGUAUCUACAGCUCUCAGUUGUCCCCUCAGUGCUGGUCAGCUGAUAGUCAGCGUAUUAUUGUUGCUUGCCCUCAGCGCAGCCGCAAGGAUCUGUUGAUGGUGGAUACGAGCACAGGGAGCAUCACCUCUCUGACUUCAAAGUCUGAUGUUGGUAGCUGGUGUCUGCUGAACAUAGAGAGAGACUUGAUGGUUGUCAGCUGCUCCUCUCCAAACUGCCCUCCAAGUCUGAGGCUGGGCUUCCUUCCAGCCAGGGAUUCUCAGGAGGAAGUGGUCUGGGUUACUUUGGAAGACUCUCAGACGUUGCCAGACAUUGAUUGGCAGAUCUUGACUUUCACCCCUCCACCAGAGCAAGACAACAGUCAAUACCCCGGCCUCGAUUUUGAAGCUUUGCUGAUCAAACCAAAGGAGGUUAAGGAUGGAGUGAAGCUGCCUCUUAUUGUCACUCCUCAUGGGGGUCCUCACUCAGUGAUUGUAGCUGACUGGCUUUUGUCCUCAUCUGUGCUGUGCAGGAUGGGCUUUGCUAUAUUACUAGUGAACUAUCGUGGCUCUAUUGGGUACGGCCAGGACAGUAUCCUCUCGUUACCUGGCAAUGUUGGCACCCAGGACGUCAAAGAUGUUCAAUUUGCUGUUGAAAGUGUUCUGAAAGGUGACAAGUUCGACAUGCACAAGGUGGCGGUUUCUGGGGGCUCUCAUGGUGGUUUCCUGGCCUGUCACCUGAUUGGCCAGUACCCAGGGUUCUACAAGGCCUGUGUGGCUCGCAAUCCAGUCAUCAAUUUCGCCUCUAUGAUUGGCAGCACGGACAUCCCAGACUGGUGCAUGGUUGAGGUUGGCUACGACUACAGUACAGACUGUCUACCUGACCCUGCUGUUUGGGAACAGAUGCUGGAAAAGUCCCCCAUUAAACACGUUGCACAAGUACAGACACCAGUAUUGCUUACCUUAGGGGAAGACGACAAGCGUGUACCUAACAAGCAAGGAAUGGAAUAUUACAGAGCUCUGAAAGCAAAGCAGAUUCCAGUCCGGUUGCUGUGGUACCCAGGGAACAAUCACUCUCUCUCCAAGGUGGAUGCGGAGUCUGAUGGCUUUAUGAACAUCGCUCUGUGGAUAAUUCAACACUUGUGUCAGUGAUGGUAUAUCAGAUAGAUACAUGGUGGUGUGCCAAUGCUCUUGCCAGUGAAAAGAGAGCAGGAUACUGCUGUGUGUAAUGGCGUUUUUCCAUUACUUGGUACCUGCUCGACUCGUCUCUCCUCAACUCGUGGGUCCGUUUUCCAUUGCAGAUUUUAGUACCGCCUCAGCGUGGCUGGUCAUCAUAGCGGCGCC